AUGGGGCCCCCUGCCUCUCACGAGGCCCCAAGCUUUGUGCCUUUGCUCAAUGAAGAGGAGGCGGAGGAGACACCAGUGACCCCGGAGCUGCAGUUCCCGCAGCAGCCGCAGCCGCAGCCGCGGCCACAGCAGCAGCAGCAGCAGCAGCAGCAGCAGCGGCGGCUGCUAGUGCCUGCCAGCAACGGCAGCAGCAGCAGCAGCAACAGCAGCAGCGAUGGGGCGUUUGCAGUCCCUGUGUUUCGGCCUCGCCAACGGCGGCAGCAGCAGCAGCAGCAGCAGCAGCAGGAGAUUGGGCCUUGUAUGAAGCCAUCGCUGACGCACAAGGAGUUCCUUACUCGUCGCGCUGCUGAGCUUGCAGCAGCAGCAGAGGAAGCAGCAUCAGCACCAGCAGCAGCAGCAGCAGCAGCAGCAGCAGCAUCGGCAGCACCCGCAGCAGCAGCAGGGGUUUCUAAUGGAGAUGGGGCCCCUGGAGGCCCCCCAAAGCGCCGACGGGCCACAGGCUGGGCGGAUGCAGAGGAAGCUGAGGGGGCCCCCCAGGGGCCCCCUCAGUCAGGGUGGGGGCCCCCCGUCGACCCAAAGGUACAGGAAGAGAGAAAGAAAGCAAUUGAAUUAGCUCUUGAGGGGGAGAAGAGACGCUUGGCGACGUCGGUGCCCUCAACAGAAGAAGAAGAAGCUGAAAGGGCCCUGCAGAGGAUGUGGUAUGACCGCGACGACUGCUCUGGGUUGCAGCUGGGGGACUACGAGGAGGACGACGGGCGUCACCAGGCGAAGGAGGAGAAGCUGAAGAGUCUGAAGGGGGGGGCCCCCGGGGGGGCCCCCGGCCGUUCUCUGGCUGAGCUGCAGCGGCACCGAGACAACGAACUAUGGGAGGAGCUGUUGAUGAGUCGAGGGGGGGCGGGGCAGAGAAGAGAGGUUUCAGUUGACGAAGAAGAAACAGAAGAAACAGAAAAAGAACAUGUUAUAUGCAGACAGAUAUUGCCCCCUUUCCUAGCUGGAUAUAAACCCUCAGAAAGAAAUGUUAGUGUUGUUAGAGAUGAUACCAGUGAUAUGGUCGCUAUGGCCAGAAAGGGCAGCGCAGUGCUGCGUUAUACAAAAGACAGAGAAGACCGCGCUGCAGUUCGUCAGCGGUUUUGGGAGGUCGCGGGUUCGACGAUGGGUAAGCUGAUGCAGGGUGCAGAGGGUCGUGAGGCUGAGGCAGCAGCAGAGGAAGCAGCAGCAGCAGCAGCAGCAGCAGCAGCAGCAGGAGGACGAGAGGGAUAUGCAGCAGCUUUUGUUAACGCUAAAGAUGCUCAUGUUUCAGCUUUCUGUACGCAGCAAACGAUGCAGCAGCAGCGCCAGUCGCUGCCUGUGUUUGAGGGUCGUGAGGCAGAGGCAGCAGCAGAGGAAGCAGCAGCAGCAGCAGCAGCAGCAGCAGCAGGAGGACGAGAAGGAUAUGCAGCAGCUUUUGUUAACGCCAAGGAUGCUCAUGUUUCAGCUUUCUGUACGCAGCAAACGAUGCAGCAGCAGCGCCAGUCGCUGCCUGUGUUUCGUGUUCGUGAUGACUUUCUUUCUGUAUGUAGAGAAUACCAAAUUAUUAUUGUUGUAGGAGAAACAGGCAGCGGGAAAACAACACAACUGACACAGUAUCUGCUUGAGGAGGGGUCUUUGAACACGGACAUAUUGUUUGGUGUAUUGAAGGGGGUAGUGGGUCGUCGUCGUGAUUUCAAGUUGAUAGUAACAUCAGCAACGAUGGAUGCUGAUCGUUUUUCUUCUUUUUUUGGUGGUGCAGUGAUAUUUAAUAUUCCGGGUAGAACAUUUCCAGUAGAAGUUGAAUUCGCUCGGUGUAUACCCGAUGACUAUGUUGACGCAGCAGUACAGAAAUGUUUAGCUAUACACUGCAGCACGCCUCCCCCUUCAUCAGGAGAUGCAGCAACAGCAGCAGAAGGAGAAGAAGAAGGAGGAGGAGAUAUUCUUCUCUUUAUGACGGGACAGGAUGAUAUUGAGGUUUCUUGUAUUCUGCUUGCAUCUAGACUUGAACAGCUAGGAGAGAGAGCUCCACCUCUCACUAUAUUACCUAUAUAUUCUCAGCUUCCUGCUGAUUUACAGGCAAAGAUAUUUGAGCCAUCGAAAUAUAGAAAAGUUAUUGUAGCAACAAAUAUAGCAGAAACAUCUCUGACUGUUGAUGGUGCUAUGCAGAAAGCAAGAGAAGUCCGCGAUCAGUUGGUGGAUACAAUGAAGCAACAGGGAAUAGCUGAAAUAUCCUGCGGUACAGAUUGGGAUGUUCUUAGAAAGGCCAUUUGCGCUGGUUAUUUCCACCACGCCGCGAAGCUGCGUGGCAUUGGUGAAUAUGUAAAUCUGAGGACUUCUGUUCCCUGUCAUGUGCAUCCAACAUCAGCUCUUUACUCAGCUGGAUAUACACCUGAAUACGUCGUCUAUCAUGAGCUCCUCCUUACCACCAAGGAAUACAUGCGAAAUGUGACGGCAGUGGACGCGCGGUGGCUGGCUGAGUUAGGGCCCAUGUUCUUCUCUAUCCGCAAAAUGGGAAUGGGUGGGGGGCGGCUUCAGGCUGAAGAAGAUGCAGCAACAGCAGCCUUUGAGGCCCAAAUGCAGAAAGAUGCGCUGCGGCAGCAGCAGCAGCAGCAGGCAGCAGCAAAGGCAAAUCAGCGAGAGCACGUUGAAGCAACAGCAGGCCGUCGGCGUAGGACAGCAGCAGCAGCAGCAGCACCAGUAGCAGCAGUAGUAGCAGCAGAUACAGAGACAGAUAUACAGCAGCAGAUACAUGAAAAUGUUAUAAUAAAAACCGAAACAGACAAAGAAGAUGAAGCUGCUUUCCUUAGGUUAAAACGUCUACGCUCAGUCGUCAGCUCGAAGCCCUCCCCCCAUCUGCUGCUGCGGGGUGUAAAGACAGAAGAAACACAGGAAGAAACAAAGCCCGAGCAGCAGCAGCAAGCAGCGCAUGCAACCAAACAGCAACAGCAACAACAGCAGCAGCAGCAGCAGCAAACAGCAAAACCGCCGAAAGAUGAAUAA